AUGCGCCUGGCCGGGGGCCGCGGGGGCCGCCGCGCCGCCCCCGAGGAUGACGAGGGCGGGUUCCGGGGGGGCUCGCGGCGCCGGCUCGGCGGGGCGGCCCCGGCGGCGGCCCCGGGGGGCGAGGCGGCAGCGGGCGAGGCGGCAGCGGGCGGCGCGGAGCGGCCGCCGGGCGCGCAGGGGCUGCGGAACCACGGCAACACCUGCUUCAUGAACGCCGUGGUGCAGUGCCUGAGCAACACGGCGCCGCUGGCCGAGCGCCUGGCGCUGGGCCGGUACCGCGCCCGCGGAGAGGUCACGCACCGGCUGGCGGCCCUGGUCCGGGCGCUCUGGACCCGCGAGUACACCCCGCAGCUCUCCGCCGAGUUCAAGAACAUCGUCUCCAAGCACAGCUCGCAGUUCCGGGGCAAUGCUCAGCACGACGCGCUCGAGUUCCUGCUCUGGCUGCUGGACCGAAUGCACGAGGACCUGGGCGCCGCCUCCCCGGCCCAGCAGAGCCGCGGCCCCGCGCAGCCUGGCAAGGACGGAAGCAGUUGUGCCAGCAGGUCCCCCCCUGGCACCCAGCACCCCCGUGGGCAGAGCUUCGUGCAGAGCCACUUCCAGGCCCAGUACAGGUCCUCCCUGACGUGCCCUCACUGCCUGAAGCAGAGCAACACCUUCGACCCCUUCCUGUGCAUCUCGCUGCCCAUCCCGCUGCGCCAGACCAGGGCUCUGAACGUCACGCUGGUGCUGCAGUGCGAGCGCUGGCGCUUCGUGCGGGUGGGCCUGGCCGUGCCGCUGCUGGGCACCGUGGCCGACCUGCGGGAGAUGGUGGCGCGGGAGGGCCGCGUCCCCGCCGAGCAGGUGAUCCUGGCCGAGGUGUCCCCGCGGGGCCUCCUGCGCUCGCUGUCCGACCCCGAGGCGCUGCGGGCGGCCGGCGAGGCCGCGCCCGUCUACGCCUUCCAGCCGCCGCCCGCCCGCCGCGCAGUGCUAGGCAGGGCUGUGGCAAUAAUUAACCCACUGCUAACAAGAGCCCCUCGUUUCCCUCAUUCCGCAGGGUGUCCACGCAGCCUCCCCACGUCCCCCGCGGUGCCACGGCCGGAGGGGCCGCGCUUGCUGUCCAGCGCUGCCCGCUCCUCCGACUGCCUGCACCGCGCGCCCGGCGGCCGCAUCCUCCUGCUGCUCUGCAACACAGCGGGCACGGGGCCACAGCUCGCCAGGUUCGGGCCGCCGCUGGUGCUGCGGGAGGAGCGCGGCGUCUCCUGGGAGCAGCUGCAGCAGAACAUCCUGGCCCAGCUGAGGGGGGUCCUGCGGGGAGAUGUCCGGCCACAGGGCACAGGAGCCCUUUUCCGGAUCCGCCUGGCCGGGGGCUCGGCCCCCUGCACCUACCUGUCCCCUCAGGAUCCUCAUCCUCUCUGCCACCCUGCCAUCGACAGGGCCCUGCAGCUGUGCGGGGCCGGGGGCCCUCCCCACGUGAGGCUGACGGUGGAGUGGGACAUGAGCACCAAAGAGCGGCUGUUCGGGAGCAUCCAGGAGGAGGUGGUGCAGGAUGCAGAGAGCGUGAGACGGCAGCAGCAGGCGCACGGGCAGCAGCACAGCUGCACCCUGGAUGAAUGCUUCCAGCUCUACACCAAGGAGGAGCAGCUGGCCCCGGACGAUGCCUGGCGCUGCCCGCACUGCAAGGUGCCCCAGCAGGGCACGGUGAAGCUCAGCCUGUGGACGCUGCCCGACAUCCUCAUCAUCCACCUGAAGCGCUUCCGGCAGGUGGCCGAGCAGCGGCACAAGCUCACCACGCUGGUGAGGUUCCCGCUGCGGGGGCUGGACAUGGCCCCGCACGUGGCACAGCGGGGCCAGCCCGGGGGGCAGCUCCUGGGGCGCUGGGUGCCCUGGCAGCCCACCCUGUGCCUGCCCCCGGGCUGCCCCCGCGACCACCUGUACGACCUGUACGCCGUCUGCAACCACCAUGGCAGCAUGCAGGGCGGCCACUACACCGCGUUCUGCUGCAACGCCCUGGACGGGCGCUGGUACAGCUACGACGACAGCCGGGUGGAGUGGGUGCGUGAGGCCGAGGUGAGCACCCGCAGCGCCUACAUCCUGUUCUACCAGCGCCGCCGCGCCGCCGGCUCCAGCACGGGUGAGCCCCAGAUCCCUGCUCCCACACCCUGGCACUGCCGCGUGCUCACACACAGCCCCACGUGUCACCCACACCCGUGUGCACACGCCUGCCUCUGCCCCCUGCACACGUGUGCACACAGACCUGCUGCGCCAUCCCUUCGCGUGUGAGCACCCUCAGCCCACCCUGUCCCAUCCCCGGUUCACCCCCAGCCCAUCCUGUCCUACCCUGUCCCACGCCC